AUGGUGUGGCGGCGGCUCCCAACACGCGGCGAGGUGGUCGCCGCACUGCAGCGCGACCCGGGCCUGCUCCACCGCUGCGCCGCGACCGCCGGCUUGCCGGACGGAGCGUGCUCUGCACGGCUCCUCGAGAAUCUGGAGCGCAUCCUGAGCCCGCCCUUCGACCCGCACGAUGUGGCGCCUCAGCUGCGCGCCGCCUUUGCGGGCGCAGGGAUCGAUCUCAUGAGCGAGCCGACAGCCUCAACCCUCGGGCUCGCGACUGCUGCGCGCCCUGCCGGGAUGAGUGCGUCCGGAUCGCCCGCUGGCAUCCUCUCGGACGAGGCCAUGCCAUACGGCGGGCUCUGCACGGGUGGGACCGAGGCGCUCCGCCAGUCACUCGAUGAGCGCGCCCGGCGCCUGGUGAGGCAGAGAAAACGCGCGUCCUGGAUGUGA